AUGGAGACAGCCAUUCGCUGGUCGCCUUCCUCGACCACCCAGGAACAGCGCUUUCUCUAUGUCGAUGUAAUAGGCAAAUCCUUCAAACUGUGCCGAGUCACAUCGGUCAAGGGCAAUGACCUCGAAUACGAUGUCCUGUCAACGCAUGUCAGGGUCCCUGGAUUUCGAGCCUUUGACUGGUCCACUGCAGAUGAAUCGCUCGUCGCCGUUGGCCAGUCUUCUGGCGAAGUCAAUAUUCUGCGCAUGGAAGGCAACUCAAACGAGUCGUGGUCUUUCCCUCUCCGCAAUCAGCGCUACUGCAAUGCUGUUGCUUUCAGUAAGCAUGGUCUGUUAGCUGGUGGGCUCGACAAGGUUCGUAAUGAUGUCUGCUUGAAUAUUUGGGAUGUCAGGCAUCGUAUCAAUACUGGUAGCUCGCGAGGUAUGCUUGCCAGCGACAGGCAAGGAGCCGAGCCGCUCAGAAAGCUGAGCUCGGAUCCCAUCACUAGUAUCAAGUUUUUCAGAAAUCAGCCAGAUACAUUGGUGGCUGGUGUCAAGGGACAGUUCCUUAAGCUUUUUGAUCUACGAGACAACUCCUCUCAAGCUUUUCUUACAUUUCCUACAAAAUGUGUUCAUAAUACAGCCAUAGACUGGUUGGACGAGAACUAUUUUGCUUCCUGUUCCUCCACAGCUGAUGCCACGGUCUGUGUCUGGGAUAGACGUAUGGGCCCACGUCACACCGUUGGCUCAACAAAUCCCGAGGCUGGCCAGGUUGGCCCAAGUCUAAGUUUGGGAAAUGCCAUCCAGAGUGGUUCGAUUUGGAGUCUGCGGUUUUCAAAAACCAAAAGAGGAGGUUUGGGCGUGCUGUCGAGCAAUGGUCAGUUCAAGAUGUUUGACAUUGCAAAAGAAUAUUUCUCCGCCGGAGAUCGGAAUUCUACGGACGAAACCCUCGGUCAAGGGUCUUCCAUGAGUUACCCAGAGCAUAUUUACACCAAAAACGUUCGUGACAUUCGGUAUCCUUUCAAUCAUCAGAUAAGAGGGUACAAAAAACCCCAAAGAGUUGUUUCCUUCGAUUUUCUAAAUAUGAGCCGUUCCAAUGAGCCCACCGCGGUUACUCUCUUGGGCAAUGGCAAGGUAGAGUUUGCCACGGUGCAGUCAUCAGCACCUCCAAUACGAUUGUCAUCGCAAAAUGUUCUAGUGCGAGGCGUACCAUUUAGUGACCGGGACUUCAUAACCAUCAAUCCACGACCGCUGCGUGAGAAAACAUCGGACAUUGUUCAAUCAUUGCGGAAGAGUGCAAAAUCAUUAGCCAUCCGGAAUGGAUCCAUGGAAGAGCAAGGGAAUAAAUGCUUGUCUAGCCGUGAAAAUAGAGAAGAUGCUUUGUUUCUGGGCAGUGUCAAGCCCAAAUUAAAAGCUGCGGAUGCGUUAACCUACUUGAGUAUAAGUCAAGCUCGUUGUCGAGAAGGCUACCUUUUUGAUUGCGAGAAAAAUCAGCGAAUUGUCUCAGAUGAUCCAGAUUUGCAAGAGUUCUGGAAUUGGGUUAAACGUGCUCGAGAGGAAUCGACAAAUGGGUCAACGAUAGUCAACCGAAUCGACAUGAGCUACCUUGGAAUAUGUGAUGUGUGGUUUGGCGAAAUUGAAGUAGGACACCAUUCGUUGCUCAACAAACCUGAGGUGGAUUCUGAUCAGUUGAUCAAAGACAUGGUCCAACAAUUUCAACUUCCGGAGGGAAAGAGAUGUGAGACAGAAUUCUGGGAGCAUCGUCAACUCUGUCUUCAUAUUUGUGGUGCUAUCGAGUCCGAAAAUGAACUCGAACAAGUUGUUACCGACCUUGUCAAGAAGAGACAGCACACAAAGGCUGCAGCACUGGCUAUUUUCCAAAAUGAGGCCAAAGUUGCUUUUCAUGCCCUUCGCCAAAAUGAGCCCACCCAGGCACAUAAGCUCCUUGCUAUGGCCAUUGUGGGAGCAGCAAAGGGGCAGCAAACUGACCGCGAUUGGGAAGAGACCUGCAACGAAAUCGCCACUGAAUUGACAGACCCGUAUGCUAGGGCGGUUCUCGCUCUAGUCAGCAAGGGGAAAUGGGAGUCAGUCCUGGCGGAAACGACUCUCCCACUCAAGUAUCGCGUGGAAGUAGCCCUGCGUUGGCUACCGGAUGCGGACCUCACAACUUACUUAGAAAAGACCAAGGCCGAGGCGAUUCGCCAAGGGGAUAUCGAGGGCAUCUUACUAACUGGUCUUCGGCAUUCGGCGCUCGAUCUCUUUAAAUCUUAUAUCCGCAAAUUUAACGAUGUCCAAACCGCAGUUUUGGCCAUGAGCCAUACGGUUCCACGCUUCAUUGAUGACGAAACCAGCAAGGCGAUCUUCCGGGCUUGGCGUGAGACGUAUCGCCGACAAAUUAAUUCGUGGAAAAUGCAGCUGGAACGAGCCCGCUUCGAUGUAGGAUCGAGGAGAUUCGCCGUGACUUGGGAUGGACGAAGAUUGAUUGCGCCUGCUCCUCAGCAAGUCAGUCUAACGUGUAAUUACUGCACGCGUCCACUUAAUCAGGCCGAUUCAACCGUGUCGACAAUGCCAUCAGUCAGUCUAUCAACGUCGACAUCAACAGCAACAGCGUCGGCCGCCAGCGAUCUGUUGCAAACCGCAAACAGCAGCGCUGCUAGUGCUAACCCUGCGAUGAUGCCCAAUAGCCAAUCUUAUUUAGGUGCCCAGGGCCCAAUCUUGAUGUCCGGCACAGUCUGUCCCAAGUGUUUCCGCCACAUGCCCCGCUGCGGUGUAUGCUCAAUUUGGCUGGGCUCCCCAGACCCGAUGUCUCGAGCUGCUAUCGCGGCAGAUGCCAAAAGGGAGGAAGAAGCAAAGUCACGACCAACAUAA